AAAACGCGUCAAACUGAUCCAUGUAAACAAGGAGAGACAUACACACCAAGGUUCUAAAAAUACCCAAACAUCCACAAAGACACAACGAGAGCAGAAAGAGGCCUGCCUUCCGUUUUCAUGGCCACGCUCUGCCCUUUUUGAGGCAAAUUCCCACAUUCCCUCGCAUGACUGCUAGGAAGCUCUCCCGAAAAAUGUUCCGUCUGAGCGUCGGCCGCCGGCGGUUCCUCUGGCGAUUCUCGAUCCUCCGCCGCCGCCUCCGCUCACUCUGGAACAGAAUCAUCACCUUCGCCGCGGGCAAAUCCACCCGGUACCGACAGCUGUCGUGCAACGGGAUGUCAUCUCCGUCUCCGGUGGGGGACGUAGAGAGGGGUUUCGACCGCGGCAACGACCCUUCGGACUUGGUUGCUCUGAAGAUCAGCCUGUUGGGUGAUUGUCAAAUCGGGAAAACAAGCUUUCUGAAAAAGUACGUGGGGAGAGAAAAAGAGCAGGGAGGAAUUCAGAUGGCAGGGCUGCACCAGAUGGACAAGACACUAAGCGUCAGAGGGGCGAGGAUUGCUUAUAGUAUCUGGGAGGUUGGAGGAGGUGAAACUUCUCAGGAUCACAUUCCAAUUGCUUGUAAAGACUCAGUAGCCAUAUUAAUCAUGUUUGAUCUGACCAGUAGAUGCACUUUAAAUAGCGUAAUCAGGUGGUAUCAACAAGCAAGGAAGUGGAAUCAGAAUGCGAUUCCGGUACUGGUAGGGACCAAGUUCGACGAUUUCGUCCGACUGCCAAUGGAUUUGCAAUGGACCAUCGCAAGUCAGGCAAGAGCAUAUGCAAGGGCCCUGAAUGCACCCCUUUUCUUUUCAAGCGCGACGUACAACAUAAACGUGAACAAGAUCUUCAAGUUCAUCACGGCAAAGCUCUUCAACCUGCCUUGGACUCUGGAGCGAAACCUGACAAUCGGAGAACCCAUCAUCGAUUUCUAGAUUUCGCUUUGGAAUCACACCUUGUCAAUAUUUCUGACUGAGUUAGUAGAAAUUGCUAGAUAAGGAAAAAAGAGAUCAAAGCCAACCGGUCACUGGAUUUGCCAGAAUUGUCUGCUGCUCCCAGUGAAAAUUCGAGUUGUUUCAUUUGAUAUGUAAAGAAUAAGAGGAAUGUAUCUUCAUUUAAGAAUAAAUCUGAUCAAUUCAAUUUGUGUA